AUGUCCGAGGAUCCAAUGAACGGCCGUGCCUACUGGCGUGCCGCAACUGCAGCAUUGGGCCUUGACCGGCCCGACACCGCUGCAGCGUUGUGCAUGCGCGGCAUUAAGGUCUUGGGCGACUCGGAUACCUUAUCUUCACUCCUGGAGGAGGCCAAGCAGAAGCUUGAAGAGGCGAAGCGUAACGAGGAGGGCAUUCAGACCGCGCCCGCCUGCUCUGAAGAGGAGCCUAGCAUUGCAAGCGAGCUCAGCGAGCGUGCGGCUGCUUUGCUGCGGAGCCAUCGCAACCAGGAUGAGGCGGAACGCAAGUUCGACGACGUGAGGCGUGCCGUGAAGCUUUUCCAGGCAAGCUUACAAGAGGACCCGAAGAAUGAGGAUGCUCUCAUUGGUCUUGGCGAGAUCCUGGAUGAAGGUUUGGGAGGUUUGGAACCAGACCCAGAUGCAGCGCGUGUGAUGUGGAUGCAGGCUGCGACAACCGGAAGCCAGCGCGCGCAAGUGAAGCUUUGCCCGGGCACCUGGCUGGGUCACACUGCAGCCAAACUGUUCCUCGUAGUUUGGAGCAAUGUCAGCGGUCUGGCAAGAGUCGUGGCGUCUUUGGGUGGCUACAUGAUCUUCACGACCGGAAUUUUGUUGUCGGAAGCCCUGGGCUACAACGUUGGCUCGCUAGAGGAUGCAGCAGCUUUCAUCGUUUUCUUUGACCUUGGCUCUUGCUACACUGUGUGGACACUUCGAUCGCACAUCAACUUGCGAUUCUUGAUAGCUCUCUGGCUUCCCUGGGUGAUCUUCGAGCUCAUCGGCACGAGGGUGCUGAUCGCUAACAGUGAGUCUCCUUGGUUGAAGCGCUCUUUCGGAAUACUUUUAUUCGUUGUUUUAGUAGUUGAUGCCUUCGAGCAGUACAGGAAGCGGCUGGCAUCCAGCCCCAGCAGCGACAGCUCGCCGCAAAAGGCCCAGGCGGUGGGUCAUCCAACUCUGGAGGGAGCAAACGAUGCGGUGCCGGCCGCUGCACCCGAGGAUGCUGAAGGCGUUGAGGCAGGCGAAAUGGCGCGAGUCCUCCAGAAACAGCCUCGACCAAUUGGUUUCGACGUGCAGAGGCCGCGGGAUCUGGCAAAGGCUGUGGUGCUGGGUGCGACCGGCGGCCUCCUGAAAGGCAUGUACACCGUGCCUAUGCCAGCCCUAACGAUGUUCAUCCUUUUCUCGGGCAUUGACAAGGAUAUGUGGCGCGCCAAUGCUGUGUGCAACUCCGUGGCAGGCCUUCCAACAAAGGCAUACUAUCUUUUCGUAAUGGAGAAGCGUUUUGACAAAAGAAGAAUACCCCAGUACGUCGCAACUGUGCUGGGAGUGAUUUGUGCCACUCCACUUGGCAAUUUCAUUUCGCGGCGAAUCAACAAAGAGACGUUCAAGGAUAUUGUUCGUGCCUUGACAUUCACCGGCGCUUGUUCGAUGCUAGCCGCCGGGACUUCCGUGGCUGCUUGGGUGGUGCUGGCCGCCUUCAGCUUUUCGGGUGCCGUCGCCUUUUGCCGCCACCGAGGGCGAGCUGCAGGUGAGGGCCAGCGGCCAAACGUGAGUGGCCCAGUGACGGCACCUGGGGAAGUCCCUGCCGCCAGUAUUUGCAAGCUGAAGGUCGACAUUGCUGCUGAGAGUUGCCGUGCUGUGAAUACUCUGGGCUACCGAGGUCUGCUGCUGGAGAGGCUUCAAACUCAGGCGCGCCGAAGCCAGCAACACGAGAUAGGUAUCGAAAGCAACAAUCACUACACAAACAACUUGAGCCAGCUCGGGUCCGUCUUAGACUUUGACAAGGACCUCGAUGCCAAUGCAGUCGAGUUGCCAUCGCUGGAGCCAAAGGCCAAGCACGAGAACUGGAGUUCUCACCGACAAUGGGAGAGUUGGGGCCUCAGUUGCCUGAGUGAAAGGGUUCGCGGACUGGUGAAGCUCCUGGGCAUCGGCGUCAUGGUGAGGGUCCAGGUGAUGUCCGUUCUCUUUGCUGCGGGGCUCUUCAUUGUUGCUGUGGAAGAUGUUGUUGGCAUCAACAAAUCAGCAAUGAUGAUGGUCUUAGCCGCGGUGAUGUGGACGUUCUUGGCAGUUGGCUACCAUCCCAACAAUUCGAAGGCGGGGUACAUGCAGCUCCACGAGGAGCUGAACCGCGGGCUGGAGGAAGUGGGCAGCGUGCUCUUGUUCCUGCUGCCUGCCAUGGGUGUUGUGGAGUCCAUCGACCACUUCGAUGGUUUUGCCUUGGCUAACAUGGCCAUCCGGCGGGCCAUCGAGGGGAGGAAGGACCGUCUGAUGCCCAUCAUAUGCAUCUUGACUUUCUUUCUUAGCUCUGUCAUUGACAAUCUUACAUCCACGAUCGUUGCCGUGAAAAUUCUGCGGCGGCUCGCCUCCGAAGAUGAGGAAUACAGGCGCCUUUGCGGCGGACUUGCUGUUAUUGCAGCAAAUGCAGGAGGUGCAUGGUCACCAAUCGGUGACGUGACCACCACAAUGCUUUGGAUACAGGAGAAGAUAACAGCCACAAAUACCGUGCUGUGGUUGUUUUUCCCGUCAUUUGCGGCAGGCGUUCUGCCGCUGUGGGGUUUGAGGUGCCAGGCACGUCGCCUAAUAGCCGAGCCUUCACCGGCAGAGCAUCGCAUCAAGGACCGAAAGAAAGGUCCUGGAUGGGAGCAGGAGCCUCUGAAGGAAGCGGGUCUGGAGGAGGAUGCUCCAGACCAUAUCACCAGACAAAAGGUUGUCGCUUUGACAUUCGGCGUGCUGUGCAUCCUCAUGGUACCGGGCCUGAAGAUGGGCUGUGGCUUGCCACCGUACCUGGGCAUGUUGCUGGCCCUGGGGCUCAUGUGGCUCCUGACGGACGUGCUGCACUUCCAGGGCCACCUCGAGAACGGAGCAGCCUCUCCUGUUGAAGACCACGGACCGCCGCAGCUCGGCGUGGUCAGUGCCCUGCGCAAGGUAGAUCUAACUGGGCUUCUCUUUUUUACUGGUGUGCUCCUGGCUAUUGGUGCCCUGAACGCCGCCGGGGUCCUGAAAGAGUGCGGCCUCAUCAGCGAUCCAGCUGACUCUCUUGUCUCUGGUUCUGGCUAUGGGGAUUUCGGAGCAGGCACGGGUGAGCGGCGAGUCGGGGUUAUCAAAAACUGGAACCACGAGAGAGGCUUCGGUUUCCUUCGCACAGAGGGACUGGAGAAGGACACCUUCUUUCCCCGAAGAGAGCUACCACCUGAGUUUCAAGGCGAAACUGCUUUGAACGGCAUCACCUUUGCCUACGAUGUUGCAAGUGCUACAGAUGGACGGCCUCAGGCAAGAAACCUGCAGUUUGUGGGCGGUGCAGCUCAGACCAUUCCCACGAAUUCACCUGUCAGAGUUGAAGGCUUUGGAAACCGAUGUGUGGGUCAAGUGAAGAGCUUUUCCGGCAAAGGUGGAUACGGCUUCAUGAGCAUAACGGCCACUGGAGCUGACAUCUUCUUCGCCAAGCGGGAUCUUCCAGCUGGCAUGCAGGAAGCCAAUUUGAUCGGGCUCCAGUUUGAGUUCGACGUUGGCUCCAGCAAUGACGGACGUAGCCAGGCCAAAAAUCUCGUAUGCGUUGACCCGAGCUCCACCAACUUCGGUGCUGUGGGGCCAUCUGGUAAGGGUCAUGGCAAAGGUCUGAAGCUCAGGAAGGGUAUCCUGGGAGUGAUUGCGCGUCCAGGCAGCCAGAUUCAAGCAACAGCUCAAAUAUCUUCGAAGCUUCCCACGGUCAACACCGUUGAAUUUUGGGCUCGCUCGAGGAGCCUUGGCUUUGAAACGUCGAAGUUCAAAACAAGACACAGGUCAAUCAAAGCUCUGCUUAGGCAGGCCUGCCAGUGCCACAUUUACCUCAUCUACCCGUGUCAUCUACCUGUUGGAUAA